AAAAUAUUAAAAAUAAAAGCUAACCGAGAGAGUAGUUUGCACCAAAUAGUGAAGGGACCCUCAAAUGCCCACUUGCUCUAUUAUUUUUCCAUUAAAAAUGGAGCAAGUUUUGGACCGUUCAGCCAUCAGAAGUUCCAAUAGGCACUGUCCUUUUGACUCUUCUGAUUCACACUUGCCCUUUGCCAAAGCCCCACCAUUGAAGAUCAUGAACAUUGAAAGAAGAAGCAAUAUGGAAGAUGAGUACAUUAGGACACACCAUAGGCAUAUGGUCAAAGACAAUCAGUGUAGCUCUUCACUUGUUAAACUCAUUAAAGCUCCUGUUAAUCUUGUAUGGUCAUUGGUGAGAAGGUUUGAUCAACCACAAAGGUACAAACCAUUCGUCAGCAGGUGUGUCGUGCAAGGGGACCUUGAAAUUGGGAGUGUGAGAGAAGUGAAUGUUAGGUCGGGUCUCCCAGCUACCACCAGCAAAGAGAGGUUAGAGCUUCUAGAUGAUGAGGAGCACAUCUUUGCCGUAAAGAUUGUUGGUGGAGAUCACAGGCUUAGGAACUACUCAUCUAUUAUCACUGUUCAUCCUGAGGUCAUUGAUGGGAGACCUGGAACAAUUGUAAUCGAGUCAUUUGUAGUUGAUGUACCAGAUGGGAAUACUCAGGAUGAAACUUGCUUCUUUGUGGAGGCCCUCAUCCGGUGUAAUCUCAAAUCACUAGCUGAUGUGUCAGAGCGAUUGGCGUUGCAGGGCCAUACUGAGCCUAUUGACCCAAUAUAGCUUCACAGUUUUUGCAAAUGCAGCAGCAUGGUGUGUUUUUGCUGCUGGGGCAUAGAUAGAUUUUGAUUAGAAGGUCACCUCUGGUCAUUACAUAAAACCAGAUUAUUCUUGCAAUGGCGAUUUCUCAUAGUGAAGAACCAGAACUGAUUCUGGCAGCGCAAAUUAUCGAGCCUUGGUUGUAAAUAUAUGCUACUGGAUGAGCUUGUGUUGUCAUAAGAAUCAUAUGCUACUCUGCUGUGGCAAAGGCACGCGCUAUACACUUAAAGCUUUUAGAGGCUGGUGUGCUAAUAGUAUUCACUAGACUGUAACUGGGCCUUGUUCUUUUAUUUUUACUUAUAUAAGAAAAGAGCUCCUUGUUGUAUCUUUCACCCCUUGCUCUAUGUUGUAUAUGAUAUCCUGGUGCAUUAUUUGUUCCCAAGAACAUGUGGAUUCCCAAAGCGAUUUGUCUUUUCCCUUCCUCAUCCCUCCCCAGACCACUAGUGGGAUUACACUGGAUGUGUUGUUAUUAUUGUAUCUUUUCAUCCCGUAAAUAUAUGAAUGUGAAGGGGGACUUGCAAGAGCCAAGAAUAUCAAGAAAGAUGACCUACCUCUUUUCUUUG